UCAACACAAAUUGCAACACCAUUAUUACAGCACUGGGUCUGGUUCUCCUCAAUGUGUGGCUCAUAUGGGAUAAUUUGAUAUGAAUAUUUCAUUUGUUAAUUAGUGCCUAUACUCUUUUUGUUUGUACCUGUUUCCAAGCAACCGUUGGGCCUAAAAUGACGUACAUUCUACCAAAACAUUUACACGGACGACACUGAAAAAGCAGCUUCCGGGAUCCACACAGUAUAUUAAUUAAGAUGGCGCGGCGGGAGAUUCGUGAAUGCACUCCGGUGCAGGAGAGCAAAACCCAACACAUCUCAGCUUUUGUCAGAUCAAAUGGCUUUUAUGCAACUACCGAUCUACCGUUCAGAGUCACGAAAGAGACCAACUGGGACUGUCUAAGCGAUGAGAUCUUCAAGACAAUUCAUGACAUCUCUCUGUCCGAUUGCAAGCUGUCGACAGUUCCUCUUGCGGUUGCAUCCAUGACGCAACUAACCCGGCUCUACCUGACGUACAACGAUAUGUCCAAGCUACCUAAAGAAUUCGCUGACCUGAUCAAUCUUCAAAUCUUGAAUCUUGGAUUUAAUUCAUUCAAGGAAAUCCCAGAUGUGGUGUUUGAGUUGAGGGAGCUGAAAGUGUUGUACUUGAAGAACAACUCAAUCACAUCUGAUGGAGUAGGUCCUCAUUUACAGAAUUUGAUAAAUCUUGAAGAACUAUAUCUUGGAAACAACCAACUGAAAACGUUUCCUGAGUCAGCCUGCAAAUUGAAGGAAAUUCGCCUUCUCUCUCUCUCCAGCAAUAGGAUAAGGGAGGUUCCACCCACUAUCAAGGAAAUGAAGAAUCUGACGGUCCUAACCAUGCGCUCCAAUCGACUGCAACGUGUUCCCGGUGUGAUCGGUGGCCUAACAUCUUUGGAAUCGUUAUGCUUUGCUCAAAACAUGAUCACGGUUUUUCCAUUUGAAAAGCUUAACAAACUCCAAAAGCUGCGUGAUUUAUGUUUGCAUGGCAAUCGACUUGACGAUGGAGAAAUCCUUGAAAACAUGAGUACGAAACUCGCUGAGCGUGAAUGCAUGCUACGAGCCGAAGAAAAUAGAGUUGCCCUGCCCAGACGAGGUGGUGUUUGUGACGGCGUUUUCAAGGUGUGGCAUAAAGACUUUUUGUGGAUUCAUGAUGGUGGUAAAUCAGUGACUACGUGGAUUGGUGAAGUGUCAGAACUACUGAAAACGAAACAACUCUCGUCAAAGGAUUGCAAUGUAGGUCUCUCAUCUCAAGACAUGACCAGCGCAAAAGAUUAUUCCAACACCAGUCGUGUGGUGUGUGUGGUCUGCACUCAGGAAAUGUGUGACCUUCUCAAAGAUGAGACGAAUAGUACAGCCAAGAUAGUUAAAAGUGUGAUAGAAUAUCGUGCGUCUUCCUCCGUUUCAGUCAUUUUUGACAAAACAUGUUAUAUAGCCCAGAUGCUUUUUCGUCUCACAAACCGUGAUAACAUCAUUUGCAGACAUGAGAGCAAUAACAAGAACGACACGUUUUGUAAAGAGCUUAUCAAACUGAUGGUUCAAAUCAUUGGACAAAGGAUGGGACCGUUAUGCCAUGGCAGGCAUUAAAGACAGCGAACCAGCGCGUGUAGAUUUAAGUAUUUUGGGUGUACCGCUGACACGUUUGUUGAGGGGAACUGGACAAUAAAUACUUCUACUUUAAGGGGAGGAUGGGGGUCAAUGAGGGGGUCAAACAAUUUUUUACUCAACAGCAGUUUUUUUUAGUUGUAACUUUACCCCUUCAGUGCCUAAUCAUGUUCAACAAUUUUUAGUAUUUGUAUAUCUUUACAUAUUUUUGUAUAAGAAAUUGGUUUUAAAGUAAUAAUAAUAGAAUGGCAUUUCCAUGAACCAGAGAGUAUACAAUAUCUCGGGGUACAUCGUCUUUUGCUGCAAAACCGGAAAGGUCCCGGACUUAAAAACAGCAGCAUUUGUCACACACUCUUACUAACAUUAUACUGUUGGUACUGGUACUAUAGGUGGGUCGGCGCACUUUUGGGUUACCCGCUCACUUUUAUUUUGGUGAAAAGGGAGAAGACUAUUAACAUCAAUUUCAUAAAGUUGCAAAUGAUUGCUUACAAUUGUUCUGUUUGCCGAAAUGAGCAGGCCACCAGUCACACAUUGGACAUUAUUGUGACAUGCAAUAAUUUUUUCAUUAUAGCCUGCCUUCGUUUUGAGUAGCUUUAAAGGCAGUGGACACUCAAAAUAGUUAUUAGCAUAAAACCUUUCUCGGUAACAGGUA